CGUCAGGUACCGUCAGCGGCGCAUCGCCGGCAUCUUCGUACGACGCGAUGGCGACCAGCUUCUGUUUACUGAUGGUGUCGGCCGCCGCCUGCGGCCUCGGUGCCGACGCCCGGCCGCAGUACGACAACUUCAACACCAUCUCCUACAUCUCCGGCUCGGACGCGCAGGCGACCAUCAUCGAGGAGGAGAACCAGCCGAACGGCGGCCUUGGCAACUACGUCUACAGGUAUACGACCUCGAACGGCAUAAGCCAAAACGAGGAAGGCAUUUUCGAGCCGGGCACCGAGCCGGAGACAGGCGACAUGGAGGUGGCCGGCUCCUACAGCUACGUCGACCCCAGCGGCAUCACGCGCACCGUCACAUACACGGCUGGCGUGGACGGCUUCCGCGCGCAGGGCGACCACCUCCCGACGCCGGUGCCGACCCAGUACCCGCUACCGCAAGUACCGGCGCGCGACGGCGGCGGCGGCGGCGGCGGUGGGGCGGCGCUUGGGGGCCAAGGAUUCGGCGCCGGCCGCUGACUGGCCUCACUGGCAGGGGGCACGUGUGCUGGCGGAACAGUGAACGGACGGCGGGGAGCUGCGACGGCAUUAUCGCGACUGAUGACUGAUAGGAUGCAGACGGGAGGAUCGGGUUGUAUGUAUCGCGGGGAUGUGUUUGGCCGGUCAUGAUGCGAAGCGAACGUGCUCGGUUUGCGAAGAGAUAUGCUUGCUCUUGUCUCUCCAAGUGCGUGACGCGUAAUUGGUUAAAGACAAUAUCCACGUAGGGUUUGCGGCAGGUUUAGUUCGCAAAAUAAGUCGGAGGUGGGAGUGGGGCAGUGAAAAAUGAUGAAAGCAAUCACCAAAAUACGACAAAAACUGAUUUACUCCCGGAUUUGGUCCACUUUCUUCCCAACGUUCUGCGGGGUCUGAACCACCGGCUGAAUAGGAAAAAAGCAUACCCCCGGUUUGCAGUCAACGUUUCCAGCAUGGUAGAAGCAGACGUGCCUCGGUAUUGUUUCCCAAAAGCUUCAUUUCACCAUCCCUUAGAGCAAGUUGCUGUCAAUAUUGCAGUGUUUUGUGCAUUUAUCACCUAUAGCACUGAAGACGCAGUUCACCAUCCAAAACGACCAUUCAAACAUUGGUAUUGUGCAUUAUCAAAUACAACCUUAAA